AUGACCACUGAGUCAGAUGCUCUUAGUGAUGCUAUACUGGUGAAUCACGGCAAUGCUAAUAUAAUAAUUGGAUAUGCCGAUAAAACGGAUCGGCUCGAACGGUGCUGCGUGCGCUUCCGAAGCCUCGAGCACAAUAAUAUUUAUACGCUUGAAAAUCUGCAAUUCAUCAAAAAUGAGGUCUUCCCGCUCCUUGAUGACUUUCUGAUUACUGUUAAGAAGAUUGAGCGAAAUGUAAACUGCUUGGCAACUUUGUUGACAAAGUUCAAAGUCGAUCUAGAUAGCAAAGUAGUUCAGGUUUUGGAAAUGGAAAACCUGACGUAUGGCAUGAACUCAGUGGUGACAGUAGACCAUUUUACCAAAGUUCAUAGAAAUGUGAGCAGCGACUGUAGCAGAGCAGUUGUUUGGGAAUUCAAGCCCAAAUGGCUGGCUCAGUACGGUGAAAACUGCCGCAACUGCGCUUUGAAUCGCAUGAAGGGACGCGAUAUAUCGUACUGCUACAACAUGGUACUGUCACGACCUAAGGAGUUGAAGAAGUGGUUUUCUACGGAGCAACUGCCGUCUCAGUUCUUCUCAGACAUGGAAAAGUACUUUGAAAAUCCCAAGAACGUUUUGGCCACACUGUAUGGUGCUCAACGCAAGCUGAGGAAUUCUGUGCCCCCUUUAACUGACCUGACCAGCCAGAAUGACGUUUCAGAUAUUCUGGCUCUACUAAUGACGCUCCGGGACGUAACAUGUUUUGUCCGAUGGGAUCCACAAUGUGGAAUAAGCGCCAAAAUCGUGGACGUGGAUUCGAAGCCAAAGUCGAAGUGGAGUCAAUGGAAGGCUCAACAAGAAAAAUUGAACGCUAGCGGUGUUCAAGUGUUUCAUUAG